UUCUCACCAAUGGGCGUUUAGGACGUAGAAGCUGCUCUUAUAAAUGACAAGGUGACAAUCGAAUCUAUCCCACAUUCAUUGACUGCCGCUGUGUGCGAGAACAGCAAAUCCCGGACCCUCCGAAAGCUGUAACAAACCGGUUCCAGCCAUGUAUGCCUGCGCCAAGUUUGUCACCUCCCCUGCUGUGCUGCGUGGGGGGUCCAGAGUCCUCGCCCGGCCAGUCUCCGUCUCCCUCUUCAACAGACCUGAAGCCACAGUGGAGCAGCAGGCCCUGUUGCCACUCGCCCAGUCUGCAGUCCUGACCCGCUCCUUCCAGACCAGCGCUGUCUCAAGGGACAUCGACACUGCCGCCAAAUUCAUCGGUGCUGGUGCUGCCACAGUGGGUGUGGCCGGCUCAGGAGCUGGAAUCGGAACAGUGUUUGGCAGCCUCAUUAUUGGUUACGCCAGAAACCCCUCCCUGAAGCAGCAGCUCUUCUCCUACGCCAUCCUGGGAUUUGCUCUGUCUGAGGCCAUGGGUCUGUUCUGUCUGAUGGUGGCAUUCCUCAUCCUGUUUGCCAUGUAAAUCCUGGAAGCACACCUACACCUUUUUUCCUUUCUUUCCCUUCCUUCCAUCCGGAGGGGUUUCCAAAAUGGGAACUGUGUACAAGCUGAUGGGCCAUUCCAAUCAACAGGAAAAAUAACAGAAAUAUUUACAUCAGUUUGGAAAAACCUCUAAUCCUACAUUUUUAUGUUCCUACACUUGUUUUUGUUUUCUGAAGUUUGUGUAAAAUCUCACUUCGGUUGAAAUCUGUCCAGAAUAAAUGGUUGGAAUAACUAGA